AAAAAAAAAAUUGACCCAUAGGUACCAACUUUUAAUUAAUCCCGCCGCGACGCAAAAUUUUUGUUGAUUUGUAUUUUUUAUUUACAACUGAACAAUAUUUUUAACGAUGACGGAAGUAAUUAAUUACAAAAGAUAUGAAAAGUCUUUAGGUCUUCUUACAACAAGAUUUGUGUCACUAUUACAAAAAGCUAAAGAUGGAGUUUUAGAUUUGAAAAUCGCUACUGAUCUCCUGGCCGUGCGACAAAAGCGGCGUAUAUAUGACAUUACUAAUGUACUCGAAGGUAUCGGUUUGAUCGAGAAAAGAAGCAAGAAUAGUAUUCAAUGGAAAGGUGCUGGACCAGACUGCAAUACUAAUGAUAUUGGUGCAAAAGUAAUGUCACUAAGGAGACAAAUUGGGCGUUUAGAAGAACAUGAAAAAUUACUUGAUAACCAAUUGCACUGGAUUGAACAAAGUAUAAGAAAUGUAUUGGAUGAUAUGGACAAUCAAGAUUCAAUUUAUGUCACAGAGAAAGAUAUUAGUAAAUGCUUUGAGAAAAAUCAAGUAUUAGUUUUAGAAUCAUCAUUAGGAACUGAUAUCACAGCUGCUGUAUUACCUACUAAGGAUAAGGAGCCACAUUAUCUUUUACAUGUAAAAUCUACAGAUCCAAUUGGAGUAAUAUUGUGUGACAGAGACAAAGAAAAGGACUUGGAAGAAGAUGGUAUGAUUGAUAGUGAAGUGCAGAGUUAUACAGAAAACAUUGACAGUACAUUGCAACAUGGCAAUUACCUCCUUCGUCUAAGUCCGCCAAUCACAAAAUAUGACUUUACAUUUACGUUACGUGGUACAGAAGGCUUGUGCGAUUUAUUUGAUAUACCUUGUUAAACCCCUAUCAAAAUUUAGUUUUUAUAAAACUUUGAAGGACAUUAUACUCUUUGUUUUUUGAUCAUGUUGAAAUUUAUGUAUGUAAAUAGUACUUGUAAAUAUAAAGAAAAUAUAUUACCCUAUUGGAUAUUAAUGUGAAUAUAAAAUAAAAUAAAUUUUAUGACUAAACA